AUGCGGGCAGAAGCAUCUACGAAUACCGCUCGCAGGACUCUCAAAGGCCAACAGUCCGAGCCACCGCCUUCCUUGAGGAUUCGCAAUGUAACCUCCGACCGAACUUCCGGCCUGUACGAUUCCAACUCCGUACAAGAUCGCAUUCGACAAUGGCAAGCACAAGGUGCUGCCAAUGCGACUGCUCCGGAUGCGGUCAGCGUUCGAUCAAUCCCUUACUCAGAGUGUGCUUCGACCGUCUCAAGACCAAAGUCCGAGUAUGGAGAUGAAAAUGCAGUUCGCGCCGAGGGUCGGACGAGGCAGAAGUCGGAGGAGGAACCAAAUCACAGCAGGAGCCGCAGUGCGCCCAGGAAGCGCAUCAUCAGUGACAGCCAUUGGAAAGCGAAAAGAGAAGCCAGGGAUCAGAAGAAUGCGACAACUGCCCCAAAGAUCCGCCCGCUGUCGACUCAUUACGAUCUGUCUUAUACUUCGAACCAGGAAAAACGCGGAGAGCGAAGAAGAUCGCAGAGGCACAAGGAUAAUGGUUCAGACCAGCCUUCGGUGCAGACGUCGAGAUACAAUGAUGGAAUCAGGGUGACGGCCGUGCCGGACGCUGAAGGAAAGCGGUCUGCCGAGGAUGUGCCUCCACAUACCGACCUUGAUAGCCAAGUCGAUGAUGCGCUAGCUCGUCAAUUGACGACUGGGUCGAAGGACACUCAGGAUGAGUUUUCCCACAGAUAUUCAGGAUCAUCGUCUCGGCCCGAGGAACACGGCAGUCUCAGACGAAGGAGUAAAUACGCCGAAAUGCUUGAACAGGCAGCGCCUGCGCCGUCAGACAAGGACGCACCGAGGUCGAGGAAGCCCGGCCUUCUCGGCAGAACCAAGGACAUGUUUGCGAAAUCUGAUCAAACGCCGUCUCUAGAGAAAAGACUUCCAAGCAUUGAGGCUUGGCUGGAUGAACAACCCGAUCCGUUCGUCGAUGAACCGACUACAAGAGAACCUCCUGCUGCCGGGGAGCCGCAACCCCUUAGGAGAGGCACCGAACGGAAAAGGACAUCGACGGAAAAGCCCUACACCCCAGAUCCUAACAAAAUAUGGGAAUCCAUUCAGCCGGAGCAACGACAGGCAUCCUCUGCACCCAGCACCAAACGGCAGACCAACGCUGAUGGAGUAAUCAAAUCCGCAGGCCGCGAACAAGGCUCUCCGAUGACUUCGAGGGAUCUCGAGAGGGAUGAUCAGCAGGACGUUGAAGGGUCGCCGUCUAGUUUGAGAAGGAGAGGGGCGCGACACCGUCGAGAAAGAGGAUCUCCAAGGAGGAAAUCAUUAGCACAACCUGACUUCCAACAGCAAGGAGGAAUCCCGGACGAAGAGCUUUCGGCCUUGACCAAAGAGGUUUCUCCAUCGAUGUCACCUCAGCGACCAUGCCCACCCACGGGAGCACAUCGUCUAUCAACCAUUGCCUCUGUGGAAACAUUCGCCGGGAGUCAUAUUUUGCCAGCUCCUGACCAAGAGGUGCCUGCGAACAGUUGUGACCUCAAACGCAAGCUCACAACACAUGAAGAUUUGAUGUCCGUGCUCUCUCUUCCCGGGAGAGGGAGGAGCCGGCGCUCUGUUCGAAGUAAGAGGAGUACACGAGGGGUUGUACACUCGGCCUCUGUGCAGGAAUUAACCGAGGCAUUCGUAGCGGACGAGGAGCGGUAUGUGCGAGAGUUGCGCACACUGGUCGACGGAGUCAUACCGGUCUUGUUGCAAAGCGUUCUCUCCAAGACCGAUUCGGCGAUCGCAGCAGGACUGUUCACGUCUUCAACCGCAACUUCAGAUCAGACAAGCUUCACCAAGCCCAUAAUCGAUAUGGGAAUCGCGCUUGAGCGGCUGAAGACAUUGCACAGCCGCGUCUCCGGCCACGAUGCUGUCAACGGCCACGACGUUGACAGCAUCCUUUCCUGGGCGCAAACGGCACAGAGGGCAUACAAAGACUACAUUCAAGCGUGGAGACUCGGGUUUCAGGACAUUGUCAUCAACCUCGCUCCUCUGGACAACUCAAAACCGGGCACAACAGAAGCAGAAAUGGCUCGUGAUGAAUCCGGCGAUUUGGUGGACACAGACGGCAAGAAGGUGGACGUCGCAUAUCUCCUGAAGAGACCACUGGUGAGAGUGAAAGCCUUGAGUAAGACCUUCACUCGGCUCAAAGAUGAAUGUGACAGCCCUGUUGCUGCGCGGGUGGCAGACAUAUACAUCGACCUCACGGCCAUGGCGAAGCGGCGUCAUCAAGAAGAACGAGCACGCUUGGAGGACGAAGCGGCAGCAAACAUUGAUGCUAUGAGAGUCCGCGAUAUCCGAACAAUGGCAGCCAUCACCGGGGUUGUCGUCAACAAGUCUCGUCGUGUCAAAGCCAGAGAUUUCUUCAGCCUCACUCUGUAUCACUCAAGUGGGCAACGAAUGGACUGUGGCGUCGAGUUGAUUUUUCGAGACAACGCUCGUGGCGAGCCUGCUGGGGGUGAUGUCCUAAUCUGCGAGGUCGACGACACUGGAAAGUGGCUUCUAUUUGCGCCAGUCGAAUUGGGUUCGAUAUCAGCAAGGCGAGGCGAGGGUGGCUUCGACCUCGUGGUCAUGCUACGUGGCAGAGCAGGCUUGGGUCAAGAAUGGCACGAACUACUGGCCUUGAAGUCAGAGGAUUCGCUUGCCGUGACGGAAUGGAUGACUAUGCUCGGUUCAAACCCGUUACCACCCAGACUCAAUCGAACGUCGAGCUUCGUCAAACAUCGAGCCCCAUCCGCAGAGCAGUUAUCGAGCAAACCCAAUCCCCGGGGGGAGCAGGUUCAUAGUCUGACGCUUGGUCAUGUUGGCGGUCUUGAACCUUUGGACGUCCCCCUCGGCGAGCCAUCCAUCAUCGGUACCCGCACAGAUACGAGCCAGCGUUCCGAUCACACAAGGCCUGUGGUGAAUAAACCAUUACCACGACUGAAUCUAGGUGGUGGUUUAGCCUCAAAGCCGGCCCCUCAAUAUGCUGCCUCGUCGGCGAGUGAUGCGAGACACAGUCCUUCAUUUGUCUCCUCAGAUCAUUCCACCACCUCUGACCAUUCAGCGAGGGCGACCAUUACGACACCGUCAUCGAACUUGAAACCCGCAUCGUUCACACUCGAGUCUUCACCCAAACAGACAACGAGCACGACAGACUUACCAGCCCGGUCUCGAGUGAAUCCUCCCGAAACUCCUCCGAAAGAGAAUCACACAGCUACGCGCAAGGAUGAAGGACUAUCGCCGAUGUUUGGAAGGACGGACGAUAACUCGCACAUGUCGAAGAGCUCUCCAAACUCAAAGGGAACGCAGUUCUCGAAAUCCGGCCUUGCUGAAUCACCGUCAAGCAGACCACAAGCUUCACCGCCCUUUGCAGAUCGCGGACCUACUUCCACAAAAUCAGCCGCACCUGUUAACUCUGUUGCAACUGCUCAACGGCCUGGCUAUCAACGGGCACUUUCGUCGACUCCGUCGAAAGAGCUUCCUACGGUCUCUAAGAUCCGACCGCAGCAACAACAACCAAGUCUACCUGCUCCAAAAUCUAGCCCCACUAGUCCGAGGACGCAGAAAGCAGUGUCUGAAGCCGAACCACGAGCGUCCAAUUCUCAAGCUGGCUCUCCUACCGCCUCACGUUCUAAAGAGAAGCCGGCGAAGAGGAGAACUUCGUCGCCAUUGAAGCACGAGUACGCUCCGUCAACAAGUUCGGACGAGUCGUCUGAUUAUGAUACGGAGAGUGUCGGCGGCUCAGACUCCGAUACGUCCGAUGCUUUGAUGUCAGAGUCCGGCGACAAGCCAACGCCGCUGGUUGCAAUAACCGCGGCGGGCCGACGGCCUUCGAAGCCGGCAGGGGCACCCCCGACGUCGAUACCAUCGACCGGGACACGCACGCUGGCCCCGUCUGACUCGGCCUCACAAGGACCAUACCGGAGGGUACCUUCGUCGGCAGCAGUGCCGGGGUCUAGGAAGGGCAGGGCAAUCGCGCUGAUAUGUGCCUGGUCAAACAAAGGGUCGUGGGAGCAGAUCCACCCCGAUGAGUGCUCGAUUGUCAUCUCGCCAGGCUUGAUCGAGGCAUUUGAGAUGAGCGCUGCUCACUCGGAUCCGCAGGCAGACUUUGGCGCCAGCAAGCCCGAUGGGCCUGACUCACGUGCAUCUUCAUUUGCAGUCCAACCGCUGGUGGCCUUCGAGUUGACGCCGAUUGUUGCUCUUCGAAGGGGGACAGCAAUAGACAUUUCGAUCCGGUCGCCUCCGACGGCAAACUCGAGAAUCAAGACGACCAGUAUCGUGAUGUUCCGGUCCAGGAAUCCGGAAGAGUGCGAGGUUCUGUAUGGGAUGAUUAACUGGGCACGAUGCAACAAUCCGACCUACAUUCAAUUGCAGAGCGCACGUCCACAACGUCAGCCAUCCGUAACAUUCAAUGUAGGUCAGGACAACCAGAGCCGGCCGAGGUCGAGCUCAUGGUUCAAUUUCGGCAGCCGACAGAAAUCUAGCUAUCGUGCCUCGUCGGCCCCAACACCGGCAUCCGUCGAUAUAUCGGUCGAAAGCUCCGGCACCAUGGCCAGUGCCUUCUCAGCAUUGAAAAGAUUUGGUGCUAGUUCGGCCUUCAAUCUGAAUCGGUCGACAGUGACCCAUAGAGCCGGUAACGAAGGUACGGCCGGGUCGUUGUAUUCAUCCAGCAGCGGUACGGGCACCGGGUCAGGUUCGAGUACGCCAGCUCCGAGCCAACUUGGCUUCGUUCCGGGCAAGGACGGACCCAACGUGCCGUCCACGAGCGCAGCCGCCGCGAACGGUGGAGGCAUGGUGAACAACAUGAAAAUCCGGCUCUACGUCCGAAAGGGACAACACUGGGAAAAUCUGGGCGCCGCACGUCUCAGUGUGUUGCCGACACCCAGCAAUGCCGGUGCUCCUGCUGUUCCCGCUCCGCUCGAGUCUCGACAAACCACCCCCAACCAGCCAGGAGAUUCUUCAGUAGAACCAUCGCCGCCAACCACACCGACCCACAGUCGAACAGCAUCCAACAUCAACAUGACGCCGCCCAUGAUCGUCGGGCAACCAGGCCAGAAGAAUCGCGGCCCACGUCUCCCGAGUGCCAAUCACACGCCGCACCGCGUCCACGGGAACGGACUGGAGAAGAGAGUGCUCAUCACGCGGAACAGAGAUCCCGAAACCGUGCUGCUAGACGCCGUGCUGGGCGAGAGCUGUUUUGAACGCAUCAUGCAGACGGGUAUUGCUGUCAAAGUCUGGACCGAGACCCAGGUCAUUGGCCACACGGGAGGGGUCACGAUGGGUCGUGAGACAGUGUAUAUGAUGCAGUUCCCCGGCGCGGGUGAGGCGACCUGGGUGUUCGGACUGUGCGGCACGAACAGGUACGCUAUUGCCUAUCUUGAAUGA